UGCUUCUACAAGCUGUCAACAGUCGUCAACCGAUUUCCAACGGAAUUUUUCAAGCGCGCCACACAACACUCGUGAUGCAGUUUGUUUUGUGAAUUGUUAACAGUCCCACGCUUUCUGAUCGACUGCUCUUUCUAUCCACACAGCCAAAAACCAGUGAAAAUGUCGCGAAGCGAUCGGGUUACGGAUCUGAUCAUGCAUUACUACAUGGAACACGGUCGCAACCGGGACCUGGAAAAGUAUCUACGCUUGCGGCGAGGGUCGAAUGUGACGCGUUCUUCCAGCGAUGGUAGUCUUCCGUGCUUGGAUGAGCUACAGCGUCGAACUGCAUGCCGUUCCGCCUGCGAUCAGUCCGAUGUUCGUAAAUCAAUGGAAAAUCUGUCCACGCUACGCAAAAAAGCGGAGCAGCAACAGCUUGAUGAAAGUGAAAAGUCGCUCCGCAAUGCGUCCGCCGAAAGUGCCAAAUCGAUGGCGAACAAAUCACCCGACAAAGUAGGCACUGGCGCUGGCAGCUCUACGGAUGCGAAGGGAGUGACAGUUAAAGAAACAAAAGUGGAACACAAGAGUGGAAGAAAUUUCAACUUUAAUCUAGAAUCGGUGAUUGAAAUUAAUCUUCCUCCACCGCCGACUAUCACGCUGGGUGUACCGACCACGUCAACAAUUGCACCGAUUACCUACACCCAACCGGAACCACUUGCACAAGUGCCAACGGCAGCAAAACAGCAAGUAUCACCGCGGAUCGUUGUUCAUGAGAAUAGUACGCAAACGGCCGCGGCGGAAGAUGAUCCCAUCCGGCCAGUGGUGAAAGCACACGUACCGGGAAACAUGGAGGAACCACUGGACAGUACCAAAGAUCUUUCACCCAGCAGCAGCAUUGCAUCGAACAAGCAAAGGCUGGAAUGGGAUUCGCUGGGUGACAUCGGGUAUGAUUCGAGCGAACGGUUACAAUUCUGUGGCGCAGCCGACCUGAACGAAACGGAGAAGCGUUGCCUUCAGCGGUACUUUGCCCGCAAAGGGCUUACGUUCGAUCGAAGCGUGAUUGUUGUACGGCAGAGAGAUGAAAAGGAAAAGAAACCCGCUCGUACCGGCGAGGACACGUCGAUCAUGCGAACCAAACCGGAAGCUCAAAGUACACCAAAACCACCACCAGCACAAUCGUCAGUACAACAGAUUAACCGGGAGGAAGCCAAAUCCACCCAAACGUCGCUUCACGCGCGAGGACGAGAAUCGCGAGGCAUACAAGUAACGCGACGGAACGAGGAAUUUUUCCAACGUCAAGACAAAGCCACCGGGACAACCGACAGCUACACGCUAGCUUCGGUAGAUGCCGCGGAAAGUUUCGAAUUCUUUUCACCUUCAGUGCCGGAAACGGAAAAUAAUACCCCUUCCGUAGCUGCUUCCGUUUCUACGCCGGUUCUUUCGUCAUCAAACACUUCCUCGUCUACGGCGAAUGAGGCCAGUUCCAGUAACCGUUCGAUGCGGCCCGCGUUUGACGACGAGGUAAAGCUCGGACUAACGCUGUACAAUUCGAUUUGUGAACUGAAGAGCAUGCCGACAGGUGUGAAGGAAAGUUUGAUCGAUAAAAUAUUUCGAAAGCUUUCUCGACACGAUCCGAAAAGAAGAACGCGGGAACAGCUGCUACAGGACUACGGGAAGGCUGUUAGGAGGCGAAUAGAGAAGGAGGAAGAGCUACAGGAUGAAGGCAGCUGUUCAAAGACAGUGGGAAAGGAGGAGACCAACGUGUACGACGAUGUGAGUCCUUGCACCGAGAAGGACGAAUCGGAAGACGGCAAUGCAAGUCCUCAGCUGGAUCGAAGUAUGGAUGUGGUAGAGGUGAUUGAAGAGACAAUAGAUCCGAUACCGGGUCCUGGUAGCGUUAAUGUGUCUGAAGGAUCGAUACAAGAGUCAUCUACCGGCUCGAACGAAGGGAAAAAUGAGCUGCAACAUUAUUCCUCAGGAGAAAUCGCUUCCCUAGAGAAUUCAUCCCAUCGCACCGUUUCCUCCCAGCCCAUAUCAGCUGGAACGACUAAGGAAAAUCUUCCUCGAAAGAUGUCCGCACCGGAACCAAGGGAUCGGCGCGUUCGUAAAGCUAUGCAGGAAUAUCUUAAGCCCAUGACGCACUCGGAAGUGGAGUAUGAGAAUUUCCGUCAGCUGCGACAACUGAACCAAGAACGUGCCAACGAUCCACAACUGGCAAAGAUUGAUCGAGAGAUCGAGCAGUUGCUGGUGAAGAAAAUGUUACUGCUUAAUGUGGGACCAACUGUUACGGCGGGUCCUACACUGCCUGUGAAGGAUAUGGCGCCUGCCCAUCCUCCUCCUCCUCCAGCAGUGCCCGUACCGCUUCCUAGCGAGCGUAGCGGAACGGUAUAUACAUCGGUACACGAACCAGUUUCAGCACACAGCAGCUCCAAAGAAAGCAACAGCUCGGCGUGGAAUUCACACUAUCACAUGGCAAAGGUGAUCAAGAAUCGUUCGAAGCUGGAAACGCCCACCGCCCUUACCUCGACACCGUCCGAUGUGAGCAUUCCUACCUUUAUUAAGCAAAAGAAGGACAAGUUUGUCGAAAACUAUGAUCAGGUUCGAACGCGCCGAGCGUUCGAGGAACAGAAUCACAUUUACACUCACCCGUACAGUAGCGGUGGGCAUCGAAGCGACCGAAGACAUCAGCACGAGAAGGAAAAUCAUGCAUUCCGUAAGGAUAGAUACGCGUUAAACAAACUGCCGAAAGGAAAAACCACCGACUGUAGGGCGAUGUCGUCCUCCAACAAUACCAUUCCGUCGCCGGAAUUCAUAUCCUCCGAUUCGAUAUCGAUACCGGUCGUUACGACUCUCACAAACACGACCACAACGCACCAUUACGAUAUCAAGUCUAGAAUGCCAUCACCUACGGCAACGAAAGGACGCACGGCCGGUACACAAACGACAGAUUCAAUCCUGCGCACCAAACCAAUUUUUGGAGAAAAGAAACAGAAACCCACCUGCGUAACGACGUCCGUACAGGUUCCAUCGACGGUUGGAAUUAAUGUGACGGCAGGACGCUUUCCGAUGGUCGAAUGUAACUGCCCCUGUGCACAUCGAGAUCAGAGACGUUCGGAAGUUGAAUUGAACAGUAAGCACGACGUUCCGCGACGAACGGAAAUCAUCAACGGCGGACGUCAGGACAAGCAGGCACAAACGAAACCAUCCUCCAUAGCGUACGUUAUUACCUUCGAAGGUACAUCGUCGGAGCGAAAGGGUCACAAGUCCCCGGUACCAUCAACGGUGUCAUCCUCCGAAAGUACAACCGAAAGCGAACCCGAAAACGGAAAGGACGACGAGUCAGAGAAGAUGCUCACACUGCGGGAACAGUUUCGCCGAUCGUGUCCUGCUACCCUUAGCCGGAUCGAGGAACGGCGUCAGUGUAUCAGCGAGCUGAACAAGCUACGCAGCAAGCGAAACCAGCAGCGCCAACGUUUGUUGCUGCUUACAUCGGAUGAUUCGUUGCGAAAGACGACCGCCCAGGGAAGAAGCCAGCUACCUUCGCCACCGUUAAGCCAGAGGCGUGUGUUUGCCUCGACACGUGCCAUCCGGGAGAAUACUCGCCGCCAGGUGCGCAAGCUGCCGGAAGUACAACGGAAGAAGGAAAUCGAGCGGAUCAACAAUUUAAAGCGAAAAAAUCGCAUUCUGAAGGAUGUGUACAAUAAGAACCUGCAACGAAAAGUACUGAAAGGACAGGUUGACCUAUCGAACAGUGUUCGAGUAAUUCAGGACUAACCAUGGAAGUAACGGGGUCGCGAGCCAGCGAUACAACAAUUUUAACAAAUAUUUUAAAUAAAGUUUAUGUAACUCGGUCAAUAAAGGUGUCACGAAGGAAGCGUUUAUUAGCUGCCAAGUAUGAA